AUGCUCCAGCUGACAAGACCCGUGUUGAGGUCUCUGACCGCCCCGAGAUCGGGUCGCAUCCUCACGGCAGCCCCGCGGCCGCGCCCUGGCAAGGGCCGAGUGGACUUCGGGCCGUCGGUUUGGGUACCAGCCUUGGGCAUCUUCCUCCGCAGCGUGCACAGCCGGACUUUCAGGAAAGGCUUGGGCAGCUCUUCCGAGGAGGAGGCGAAGUACAACUUGGAAGGUGGCAACGACAUUGAGGCGCUAGCAGAUGGCACUGGCGGAUGGCUUGCGCACCGAGCCGAGGCAAGCACCCCGGGAAGUGGCCCUGGCACAGACUGGAUCAACGAGGUUUUCUCAGAUCCAAGCGGUGAGCAAGGAGCGGACCUCUCGGCCACUGCAGCUUUCGAGGUGCCAAGCGCCCGGCUCACUCAUCCCCCGAGGAUCUUGGUCCUCUACGGCUCCCUGCGGCCAACUUCCUUCUCGCGCAAGCUGGCGCAUGAGUGCGCGCGGCUCCUCGAGGUCCUGGGCGCAGAAGUGCGGACAUUUUGCCCCAGAGGCCUGCCUGUGCGGGACCCGGCACUGGAGGACCACCCAAAGGUCCAGGAGUUGCGGAACCUGUCCAGAUGGUCCGAGGGCCAUGUCUGGGUCAGCCCUGAGAUGCACGGCUGUGUCACCGGAGCCUUCAAGAAUCAGAUCGAUUGGCUGCCGCUGAACACGGGCUCUGUGCGACCCACGCAGGGGCGAACCUGCGUGGUGCUUCAGGUCAACGGCGGAAGCCAGAGCUUCAACAUUGUCAAUGAAUUGAGACGGCUGGCGAGGUGGAUGCGCAUGCCGUGCUGCACCAAUCAGUCUUCUGUUCCGAAGGCAUGGCAAGAAUUCGAUGACGAUGGAAGGAUGAAGGACUCCAACUUUCGAGAUCGUGUCGUCGAUGUUAUGGAGGAAUACUACAAGUUCACCCUCAUCAUGCGUGAGCACGCAGACGCACUUGUGGAUCGCUUCUCCGAGCGGAAGGAGGUGGCGCAAAAAGGUCGGCUGCUGACGCAAGCUGAGAAGGAGAAGCUCAAAGAUGAAGCUGCUGCUGAAGCUGCGGCAGCGGCAGCUGGCAAGAAGAAGUAG